UUGCAGGUUUCCCUCUACCUCACGGCCUCGUAGCAGCUUCUGCAGAUGAAGACCACUGAAGGGGAGAUGAGGCCGACUUCAAACCCUCAAGCUGAAAAAACCUGGAGCUAAAACGGAGAUUAAACAGGAGGAAGACGCGGCAGAAGAAGAAGAGCAGAGCGUCAUGAUCCAUUCAAAUCACUCCAUCCGCUCAGUGUUCUGCUGCUGCUGCUCCCUGCAGACCAGGGAGAUCAGCACACACGUAGAGGUGGACAGACGAACCUCUUUGUGUUUCCAGAGUAGACGAUACCCAGGACAUGUGGAGAGGUCGAGGAGGAAGCUCCCCCUUCCUCCCCCCGAAGAGGGGGAGGGCGAAGGCCAAGGGGCGCUGAGCGUGGUCGCCAUGUACGACUUCACAGCUAAAGAGGACACGGACCUGACGCUGAAACAGGGGGAGGAGUACUUCAUCCUCCACAAACAGGACCAGCUGUGGUGGAGGGCACAGGACAAACACGGGAAUAAAGGCUUCAUCCCCAGCAACUAUGUGACAGAGAAGAACAGAAUUGAGGCCAACCCGUGGUACUGCAAGAACAUCACCAGGACAGAAGCUGAGCAGCUGCUGAGGCAGGAGGACAAGGAGGGCGGGUUCGUGGUCCGGGAGUCCAGCCAGAAGGGCGUGUACAUCGUCUCUGUGUACACAAAGACAUCGGGGGUUGGCGGUGACAUCAGACAUUACCAGAUCAAGAUUAGCGACACGGGCCACUUCUUCCUGGCAGAAAAGCACACCUUCAGCUGCAUCCCUGACGUCAUCCACUACCACGAGCACAACGCUGCAGGCCUCGUGACCAGGCUGCGGUACGCAGUGGGGCCGAUGGGCAGAUGUGUCCCCGCCACAUCUGGAUUCAGCUCCGAGAAGUGGGAGAUCAACCCCAGCGAGCUGACCUUCAUGAAGGAACUGGGCAGCGGCCAGUUCGGCCUGGUCCGACUGGGCAAGUGGAGGGCUCAGCAGAGGGUGGCCAUCAAGGCCAUCAGGGAGGGGGCCAUGUGUGAGGAGGACUUCAUCGAGGAGGCCAAGGUCAUGAUGAGGCUGUGCCACCCCAAGCUGGUGCAGCUGUACGGCGUUUGCCUGCAGCAGCGCCCCCUGCUGAUCGUGGCGGAGUUCAUGGACAACGGCUGCCUGCUGAACUUCCUGCGGCAGAAGGGUCGGAGCCUGAGGGACGCCUGGCUGCUGUCCAUGUGCCAGGACGUGUGCGAGGGGAUGGAGUACCUGGAGACGCACAGCUUCAUCCACAGAGACCUGGCGGCCAGGAACUGUCUGGUCAGCGAGCACAACGUGGUGAAGGUCAGCGACUUCGGGAUGACCAGGUACGUUCUAGACAACCAGUACACCAGCUCCAGCGGCGCCAAGUUCCCAGUGAAGUGGUCUCCUCCUGAAGUUCUCCACUACAGUAAAUACAGCAGCAAGUCGGACGUCUGGUCGUUUGGUGUGGUGAUGUGGGAGAUCUACUCUGAGGGCCGCACUCCCUUCGAGAACCGCUCCAACCUGGAGGUGGUUUCCGACAUCACCAGAGGGAUCCGUCUGUACCGGCCGCAUCGCGCCUCGCACCCGCUCUACUCCAUCAUGUACCACUGCUGGCACGAGACGGCUCAGGGACGGCCGUCUUUCUCCGAGCUGCUGGCAGAAAUCAGAAAACUGGCAGAAAACCCCGAUUAACUGGCACAUAUUCCAACAUUUUGCUCACUUUCAAACUACUUUUCACUAGUUUUAUGAACAUACAAACAAACUGUAUUUUGUCAUUGUAAAAUAAUACUAUUUUUUCAUUAAAAUAUUCAGAUAAUCUGGUAA